AUGAAGCCUCCGUCUGACAUGAAUGCUAUGUCUCCCACCUGCCGGCCAGACUCUCCUACCGGGACACUGGGCCAGAAGACGUUGGAGGAUGCGGGCUCUCCAGCCUCCUCAUCUGAAAACAACGCAAAGGAGGUGGGUCAAGACGCUCCAUUUGUUCCUACAGUCACUGCAAUUUCUUCUACCCCAGACUUUCAGUGGAUGGUGCAGCCUACCAUUAUUGCAUCUGCCUCUCCAUCUCUGGGAAACAAACAAGCCAAUGAACCGCAAAGCUUGAACAAGGCAACACCCAAAACGGGCGGGAAUAAAGGAAAGACUGCUGUCAGAAAGGGGAAAGGAGAGCAGCUGUCUCCAGAGGAGGAAGAGAAAAAGAGGAUACGGAGGGAGAGGAAUAAAAUGGCUGCAGCAAAGUGUCGCAACAGACGGCGGGAACUGACAGACACACUGCAAGCUGAGACCGACAAGCUGGAGGAGGAAAAAGCAGCGCUGGACACAGAAAUAGCCAUCCUCCUCAAAGAAAAAGAACGUCUUGAAUUUAUCCUUGCCACACAUAAACCAGUGUGCCAAAUGUCAGAGGAAAUGGAAUCUAUUUUCCAGGAGUCGACAGUAUCUCCAGAGCUUCUGUCCAGCGCAGGUGAGGACAGGCUUCCAGAGGAUAGCGUCCAGGAGGCUCCUUCACUACAGGACAUGGACAUACCCAGUGAUCCGUCCACAGCCAUCUCUGGGAACUCAAAUAUUUUGCUGUGCUCCAGUGCAGAAAUCAACAUAUGCGAUCUAGAACCAUCUUUGGACCUUAAGGAGGGGCUUCUGGACAAUAUGCUGCCCAGUCUUGAGGAGAAAACUCCAAUGGAGACAGCUCGGUCGGUGCCAGACAUAGAUCUGAGCAGCUCUCUUGGGGUGUCGGACUGGGAAACCCUGUAUAAAUCUGUUUCUAAUGAUUUGGAGCCUCUGAGUACCCCUGUGGUGACCUCCACUCCCACCUGCAGCAGCUACCUGUCUGUCUUCACGUUUGCUUGUCCUGAGCUGGACUCACUCACAGAUGAACUAGACAACCAUAAAGGUGGCACUGGCAAAACCGAGUCUGUAGAUAUCCUCAACUCUCCAACUCUUCUAGCCUUAUAAUUGACAAAGGAAAAUGACCUUUCUCAGCUCUCUGAUUCUUGAAUUGGAAAUAGUAUUUACUACAAUAUGCUGUAAUACACUCAUGAAAUGUCUUGUGUGUGACAAACAUAUGAUGUUUUUUUCAAAUACACAGCAACAAGAGUGAUGUAGCUCAAAGCAUGGCAUUCACUGAACAGGACUGAAAGAACAUGUAUUUUUAAAACGCAUGCUGAGAAUAUCAAAUAAUUCUGAGGCUCAUAUAUAUUUGAUCUUUUACUAGAUCUAGGAUAUAAUGUGGACAUUAAUGUUACAGUAUUUGUGUUUAUAGUGUCUACAGUGUAUAGAUUGCUGUAAAUGUUCUAUUACACCCAUCCAUAAAUACCUGCAUACCUCAAUGUCAUUGAUUGUGGUUUGACCUCAUUGUUAAAAUGUUAAAAGUUUUCCAUGAAAACAUCCAGUGCUAUUUACAGUACUAUAUAUCUAUCAAGAUGUACCUUAUUAUUUAUUUUUUUACCCUUGGAUUUAACUUAUUUGUUAACUUUUAAAACAGCACUGAUUGCUAAUCGUUGCUGCUGAAUAUCUACAAUAAAUGUACGGUGACAAUGGUG